AUGAGAUUGUUGAAAUGUGUAGCAUUUCUGAAUGUUUUAAGCCUAGUUACUGGAGGAAAGAAGAAGAAUUUAUUAACUGACGAGUUUGAGGUUUUUAAAAAAAUUAACAAUAAGCUGAAAGAAAACCGUUCUGAAAAUUACGAAAAUUUCUGGGAUUCCGUCGACAAUUCUUUUGCUAAGAUUAAUUUAACUCUAAAUAUCGAUCCUUCUUCAAAUGUUUUGGACAAGUACUUGAAUUUGUGUAGUUUAAUGCAGAAGGUGACUUGGGGAAACAAGAUCUUUAUUAAGAAAAUUACUGAUGAGGAAUCCAAAAAUAUCGCAAAUUCUUAUGAUUUAACACAAAAUGGUGACUGUAUUUUACUAAUUGAUGACACUCCCAAGGUGGAAGGUGUAAAGGAGGAAAGAGAGUUAGAUUUCCCUUUUGAUGAUACGAAUAUAAUUUCACAGGUUUUGAACAAGUUUAGGGUUCGGGGCGAGAAUUACAUAGUUCUGACUAGGAAAUCUGUUCCUAUUGGUUCCGGUUUAGGCGGUGGUUCUUCUGAUGCUGCCGCUGUUUUGAACCGCUUAUUUACAAACAUAAAGUUCGGGCUUGUCAGUAUCGGAUCUGAUAUACCCUUUCUAGCUUCAGAAUGUAACUUGGCUAGUGUGUUUGGUAUAGGUGAUAAGAUGUAUGAGUAUUAUAACAAGAACUUAUAUUCAGGCUGGGUAUACUUGUUAAUACCUUAUGAGAGCGUAUCAACCGAAUCCAUUUAUAAAAAGGCCAGAGAGCUGAUCACUUCUGGCAAAUUUCCCAAAUGUGAUUUUCACAAUGUUAUUAUGAAUUCUGUAAAUUUCGUCGACAAAAUCAAUCCAUCUGACGACCCUAAUAACUUUUUUAAACACUACAAAGUGAAUAAUGAUUUGGAAAACUGCACAACUAAUAGAAAGGUAAAGAAGCUCCAAAAGGCUUUAAAGAGAAGAUUUAAGAGGAAUAAAUUUUCCAUGAGUGGAAGUGGUUCUUCAUUUUUUGUUUUUUCAGACAAUGACUCAGAUGUUACAGCUUUGAGGGAUUCCUACAAAGAUCCUCUAAUUAUUGUUAAGACUAAGUUUAAGCAGGAUAACAACUCCCAUGAAUUUCAUUAUCUAUAUACUACACAGUAUUUAUAUUUAUAG